UUGAUUGUGCGACAGGCCGCGGCGCGAGCGGGGCCUCUCUCGAGCGCACGAGAAACCGCCAACCGCCCGUUACUGCUCACCUCACACCGGCGGCGCGACCAAGGAGACACCAGGAAUCAAAAACGACCGAGGGAGGAGGAGAAGCGCUUCUCUCUCGUCUGUGGAAGGGUUUUUUUGUGGGUCGCUAACCGUUCGGCUAGCUGGGACUAGCAUAGCACGAGCUUUUGUAAUCCACAGCCGGCCUCUCUCACACACACACGCGCUGAGACACAAAACAAAGGGUCCGGACGCAGAGCUUCUGGACGGAAUAAACCGCAAGGUUACACCUGAAGAGAGAGAGACGGGACCGGCGGAGACAGGGGCUGGUUCUAAGGGGUGAGGCCGCAGGACCAGACUCAAUGAGUUUCCAGCGAAAUGUCCGAGAAGUCAGGGCAGAGCACCAAGGCAAAGGAUGGCAAGACCAAGUAUGCAACCCUUAGCCUCUUCAACACUUACAAGGGAAAGUCUCUGGAGACUCAGAAAACUGCAGUUGCCGCCAGACAUGGGCUCCAAAGUUUGGGUAAAGUUGCGGUCAGUCGUCGCAUGCCCCCUCCAGCUAACCUGCCCAGCCUAAAAGCUGAGAACAAAGGCAAUGAUCCCAAUGUUAGCAUAGUACCCAAGGAUGGCAGUGGAUGGGCUUCCAGACAAGAUCAACCAGGAGAUGAACGGCAGCAAGAAACCCCUCCCCCACAGCCCAAGCCAACUGUGCCGCAGACCUCUGAUGCCCCUCUGGGAGGAAGCCGCUCCUGGGCCAACAGCAAACAGUCUGGGCAGCUGGAUGGAGCUCCUCGGAUGAGCAGUCAGUUUCAUCAGGAGUUUCCGAGUCUGCAGGCAGCGGGUGAGGUAGAGAAACCAGGUGAUCAGGAAGAUGAACCUUAUGGACCAGGGCCCAGCCUCAGGCCUCAGAAUGUGGGUAGCUGGCGCGAAGGUGGAGGCAGGAACCUAAACGUUACUCCCAGCCCCUCUGAGACUGACAGUAAGCCUACUGAGGAGUCCGGUAUUGGUCGAGGCACACCAUCUCCCUCGGGUGACUCCGAUGAGGCAGGGAAACCCUCUGCUGGAGAGGGAAGAGAAAAGAGGGAUGCCAGGGACAGGCUCCCAACUGCUGCCCCUCAGCAUAAACUUAAUGGUGGCCAGCAACCACCGGGAGGGAUGUCAUCUCAAUUCCAUGCUGCCCAAUUCAGGAGCAUGAUGCCACCAUAUAUGUUUAAUGCUUACCCUCGAGGGCCCUUUCCACCUGCACAAGGCAGCUUUAGGUACCCUGCACAACAGGAGAUGUCCAAGGGUCCACGGACUGGAAGACCUUCUCAGCCUCCCUCUCAGUCAUGGCUGCAGGAUCCAGACAGGCCAUCAAUUGUUAGUGCCACUGAAUUAAAGGAGCUAGACAAUCUGGACACAGAAGCUGAUGAGGGUUGGGCAGGUGCCCAAAUGGAAGUUGACUAUACCGAGAAACUAAAUUUUAGUGAUGAUGAGGAAAAUCAUUCAGCUAAAGAGAAAGGCGAUAACUGGGAGUGGAUGGCUAAAGUUGAUCGCAUGCGGUCAAGAAACGCUGAUGUCCAGGAGGGAUGGAAGGAAGGAACAGAGGAGAGGUGUGACGGCAAGAGUUCUUGGGCUGAAAGUGGAGACCACAGGGCUCCCUCUCCUGGCAAUAUUGUCCAUUACAGCAAGAUAAUAACCGCACAAGACCAACAGGGGCAAGCUGUCGGACGUUCUAUGGGAAGUGCUGGCCCCCGUGUUGCGAAGCUGCAAACUACGGCACCCCCUGUUGGUGAGGAGGAAACGGAAGCAUGGCGACAAAAACGAAAGAAGCAGUCAGAGCUUUCUGAAGCAGUGGAACGUGCUCGCAGACGGCGUGAGGAGGAGGAGCGGCGCAUGGAGGAGCAAAGACUUGCUGCCUGCAAAGAGAAGCUUAAACAACUAGAGGAGAAAAGACGACCUUCGACUACAGAGGCUACUAAACCAGCUACGCAAGCUCACAGCGACCACCAGGAAGUGUCUGAAAUCGUGCCUAAACUACCUGCUGAAACUCCACCCCCUCAGCCUCAGCCACCACCUCUGCCUGCACAGCUACCCUGCCCUCCCAUGCCAACUCAUGAAAGGACAGAGCCCACUGUGGAGGAGGUGCCGCAAUUUAUUACCCGGCAACCUAGCCCUCCUAUUCUUAGGACUGUCCCAGAACCCCAAAUCAAGGCAGAUACUGCUGUAACUGAGGAGGUGCAUGGACAGGUGGAGAGACCGCCAAUGAGAGACUACUUCUGUGCUGAGGAGCCCAGAGUUGAGGAGCCUCAGUUGUCAUUAUCCAGACUGGAUCAUUCUGUUAGCGAAGAUGUACCACUUCCAUCUCAACUGGAAAAUGAAGGAGAUGCUGGGACUUCCAUUCGUCCUUCUGUAACCUCUGGAUACUCAAAACAGUUCCAGAAAUCUUUGCCACCUAGGUUCCUUAGACAACAGGAACAACUUAAACAACAACAGUGGCAGCAGCAACAGCAGCAACAACAACAACAGCAGCAGCAAGGUGGAGGAGGUCCAGUCUCUCCUUCAGGGGGUUCAGUUCCUCCUCAGCAUAGAUCCCUAUACCAACCUCUUGGCCCCCACCACCAACAUCUUGCCUCAAUGGGUUUUGACCCAAGGUGGUUAAUGAUGCAAUCUUACAUGGACCCUCGUAUGAUGUCUGGAAGACCACCUAUAGACAUUCCUCCUAUCCACCCCGGGAGAAUGCCUCCUAAGCAACUGGUACGACGAGAGCCCACAGACAACAGCAGCUCUGGAUCAGACACUUUUGAUCAUCUGACCCGACCAAUCAGAGAACAUGGGGUUCCUAGCGAGUCUCGAAUGGUCUGGGGUUCUGACCCAUAUCCCUCAACGGAACCACUGCCAUCCACUGCAACUGCUAAAGGGCGAGAAGAUGGCAAAGACCCAAGAUUGGAUGCUGGUCUGGACCUGGAUAGAGGUCUAUCAGGUGUCUAUCAUCAGGACCAUAGCCCACUGGAGCCUCGGAGCAAAAGUGACUUUUUCAGGGAUUCGUCUGAAACAUUGUCUACUUUUAGUCAUGUGUCAGAUGAGGUUCCAAGUCUCCUACAGGCUGACAGAGCACCAGUCAUCCCUUCCUUUGAACCUGAGGAGGCUAACCUUACUGCUACUGAUGAGGUUGAAGCCAUUGGACAGGCUGUAUUAAAACGGAGUAUCUCUCAAGGCUCCUGUCACUCUCUAAAACUAGAAGAACCCAGAUUUGAGGGACUUACUAUAGCACAGAAGACCCUGGACUUCACUGAAACUGUGGAAAGACCAGAAGAAAAGUCCAGAAAGGAGGCCUUUGGUCAAGGGCCUGCCAUCAGCAGCCGUUCCACUCCUCCUGUUACUAACGAUAAUCUGCACAAAGGUGACAAGCUUAUCUUACCGCCACCCAGCAAACAGAAGUCAGAGAUGCGCUGGGGAUCCCGUGGUUCUGGAUCUGGAAGAAGAGAGGGUCCUGGAGGAGAGCGACCGGUCAGGAGAUCUGGACCUAUUAAAAAACCUGUACUGCGAGACAUGAAGGAAGAGAGGGAGCAGAGAAGAGAGAAAGAAGAGCAGCAUGAACGAGGAGAUCGAUCCAAAAAAGAAGGAUUUGCUUCUAAAAGUGCUUCGUCAGCUGCUAUAGUGGCAUCUGAUGGACCAAAGCCUUCCAGUGAUGGGAAGAAAAUAGUGAUGGAACCUGAAACUGGUGGAACAAAAUCUAGAGAUCUGCAGCCAACAGCAGGUCCAACAACUGCAACUGUUGCUGAAGAAAAGCCAGAUAAGCCUCAAUCUAAUGACAAAUACCCUGAACCCAAACUACCCUCUCGCAAAGAGUCCAACUUCCCUCCCCGAUCUUACAGAAGAGAUGAGAGGGACCGAGAGAGAGACCGAGAUCGGGACCGAGAUCGGGACCGAGAGAGAGACAGAGAUCGAGACAGAGAGAGAGACAGGGAUGCAGACAGAGAGAAAGAGUGGCCUUCUGAUUUUAAAGGCCGUGGUCGGGGGGAGUACUAUUCCCGUGGCCGCAGUUACAGAGGCAGCUAUGGUGGGAGAGGUAGAGGUAGCCGUGGGCGGAGUCGAGGGGACUACCCAUACAGAGAGCCACGAUCACGCUCAGACUUGCCAUUAAGUGCCACUGGGGCAGUUGGUUUCCACUGCAGAGAAGAGAGUGAAACGCGUAGUGAGAGCUCAGACUUUGAAGUCUUGCCUAAGCGCAGACGCAGACGGGGCUCUGACACAGAUUCUGAAAGUGAAGGCAGAGAAUCUGCCAGUGACACCGGAGCAUCAGACCGUGAGCCUAGCACCAAACCAAACAGACCACUCCGCCGUGAGCUGCCAGAAUCUCGGUCCUCUAAACCUGCUUCAGGGUAUGCGCCUGGACAUGUUUCAGAAAAGCUUGGGUCUCGUGAUGAGGAUGGGCGGCCUAAACCUGGUUUUUUGUUAAAGGGUGAGGCUGCACGUCGGGGCAAGGCACCCUUGCACAGCAGACGUGGAGGUGGCAGAGAAAGAGGUGGUCACAGACCUGCACCUUUCCGGCGCGCUCCUGUCAAAGAGGGCUCCCAGUGGCCCUCAAAGCCCAUGGAGACCUUUCGGCCAGAGGAAGCAGAGACCUCACGAACUGAUAGCACACCAUCUGAAAGACGACACGCCAAAUAUGACAACAAAAAGAUUGGAGAGGGUGGGCAAGGCAUCAGAGAGAGGCCUAGAAGGCCAAGAGCAGCCCGUCCUCCCAGACAGGACAAGCCCCCACGAUUUAGGAGACUUAAAGAGCGUGAGGCAGCAGUGUAUGCUGGUGAAUCAACACCAGGUAUGCCAGUAGGUACAUCCAUUUCCCCAACGUUGUCUAAAGCUCCAGGAACUCAGGUCACUCUGCUUGAGGGAGUGGUUGAUUCUAAUACAGCAUCUUCUCACACUCCUGAUGUGAGUCCCCCUGAGCUUCCUGUCACAGAGUCGGUUGUUCCGGAAGUAGGAGCCACUACUGUAGUUGCUGCUGGCAGCAAAUCACCUGACCUGUCCAAUCAGAACUCCUCUGAUCAAGCCAAUGAGGAGUGGGAGACUGCUUCUGAAAGUAGUGACUUUAAUGAGCGGAGAGAGCGAGAGGACAAGAAGCUGCUUGAAGCAGCCGUGACUGCCACCACAUCCUCCUCCUCUGCACCUGCACAGAUCACUGGUGGACAGAGCAAAUCACUCAUAGAAAGUGUGGCAAUCCCAAAAAGAGAGUUAGCUUCAGCAGCCAAAAGGAGCUUCUCCAGCCAGCGCCCUGUGGAUCGACAGAACCGCCGGGGCAACAGUGGGCCUAAAACAGGUCGGGGGUACCCUGGAGGCAAGAGCGAAAGAAGGGGAGGAUCUGGAGCCAAAUCAGGACGGAGAGGUGCUGCUGCUCAGAAUGCCGAGGGUGCACAGGCCGGUACAGGUCAGAAGCCUGGAAAAGAGCCAGCAACCAGCCGUCGGAAAGACGAAGCAAAACAAGCUGUUAAAAAACCCAAAGAGAAAGAAAAUGCUUUGUCUCAGUUUGAUCUCAACAAUUAUGCCAGUGUAGUGAUCAUUGAUGACCACCCAGAGGUCACAACACUCGAGGACCCGCAGUCUAACACAAAUGAUGAUGGGUUCACAGAGGUUGUUUCUCGGAAACAGCAGAAACGGUUGCAGGAUGAGGAGCGGAGAAAGAAAGAAGAACAGACUGUACAGAAUUGGAGUAAAAAGGGCUCUGGAGAGAAGGGCAGGGGAGGUGGUGGUUCGAAACUCCCUCCUCGAUUUGCCAAAAAGCAGCAACAGCAGCAAGGAGCGGCAGCGGGGCAGCAGCCUGCAGCCCCAGCUCCGCAGAGCCAGUCUGUUCCACAGCAGCCUCAACCACAGCCAGCUCUCUCUGUGCCACAACACAAUCUUCCCACUUCUAACCAGAGCACUAGCUCACCCCAGCCUCUUGAGGGUGCUGUAGCACCUCUGGCCCCUCCACCUGUAGACUUCCCUGCUAAGAGUCAGACGCUCAACACCCUGGGUACUGAACUGUGGGAGAACAAAGUGGCUGACUCCACCGUUCUCUCUGAUGUCAAGAAACUUGGACCUAUCAGUCCUCCUCAGCCUCCAUCUGUCAGUGCCUGGAACAAACCACUGACUUCGUUUACUGGCACUGUAACACCUGAGGGUGUGAAAGCAGGUGUAGAAAGUGGAGUUGAGCUGGGCAUGGACAGCAUCCAGUUUGGUGCCCCCUCUUCAGCAGGCAGCACUGACAGUGAUGGAGUGCCUGCCCUGCUGGAGAAAACCUCUGACAAUAAAUUACCUGAGCCCAAAGAGCAGAGGCAAAAACAGCCCCGCGCUGGACCUGUCAAGCCUCAGAAGUUACCUGACAUCCCUCCUCCAGAGCACAAGGAAUAUAAACCCGGUCCCAUAGGUAAAGAGCGUUCGCUCAAGAACCGUAAGGCUGCCAAAGAUGUGCGUCAGUCUGAUGGAGAAGGCUUGGAUAACAGUGGAACUGGAGCCAGUCGAGACCGAGACUCCAGCUCACCCACUAAAGACAAAGUUCCCGAGCUCGGUGGAGACAUUGAAGGCAUGAUCACUGCUCCAUCAGCAGAAUACUCCAGCAGCUCUAAGGAGUCUGUGACUGACUACACAGUCCCGUCGUCCUCUUUAGCUGACAACGUCCCCACUGCAGGAACCAAGAUGGAGGAGAGUCUUGUAUCACCUGUUAGUGCUCAAGUGGCCCUCCCGCACCCAUUGCCUAUUCAGAGAAGAGAAGCCCUGCAGCAGAGCUCCAGUCUUGCUACAGUCUCUCCUGCCACUGUUGACCUCACACUCAAAAUGGAAUCAGCACGGAAGGCUUGGGAAAACUCACCCAGUCUGGUUGAAAAGAGCUCUCCUGUCACCUCCUCUGCUUCCCCCAUCACUAGUGGAGGAGGAGCAGGUAGCGCCCCCUUCAACUCCUUUUCCAGUGCUUCAGUGCCUCAGAUACCUGUGGCCUCUGUCACCCCCAGCACCUCCUUGUCCGGAUCCGCAACUUACACAACAUCCUCUCUAAGCACCAAGAGCACAUCGGCCUCUGACCCCCCCAACAUCUGUAAGGUGAAGCCACAGCAGCUGCAGAGUUCAGGAAUGUCCAGUACUAACUUUUCCCAGCUGGGCUGUGCUCCUUCUCUCCUCCCACCGCAGCAGCAACAGACCCCACAGGUGUUCGUUUCCCAGUCUGCAGCAGGUUCUGCAGCUCAGAUCCCGGCCUUCUACAUGGACACCAGUCACUUGUUUAGUGCACCUCACCCUCGCCUGGCUCCUCCCUCCAUAGCACAGCAGCAAGGCUUUCAACCUGGACUUUCACAGCCCACAGCAGUGCAGCAGAUCCCCAUCCCUAUCUACGCACCUCUGCAGGGGCAACAUCAACAUCAGCAUCAACAUCAACACCAACACCAACAUCAACAUCAACAUCAACACCAACACCAACACCAGCAUCAGCACCAGCACCAAGCCCAGCUGAGCCUCAGCACUGGACCUCCGGUGUCUCAGCCUCAAGACCUAUUCAGCUCCUCCAUACAGCCCUACAGGUCUCAGCAGGCAUUCAUGCAGAACAGCCUCUCCCAGACAUCUCCCAUGAUGCUGUCUGGGACUCCGCUGCACAGUUACCCUGGAGUGCAGCCCCCAGACUUGGGCAAGCCUCAGUCCAGCUUGGCCUUCCAGCAGACUUCAAACACCCAACACAUCCCUAUCCUAUUUGAGCCCCAGCUGAACCAGCCUUCUGGCAUGGGAGGAUCGCAGCUGAUAGACACUCACCUACUGCAGCGUCAGGGAUUGGGUCAGCACUCAAACCUGUACUCUGGGCAAGUCCAGCAGCAGAGCAGCUACUACAGCUCAACACAAAGCCCCAGCUCUGCCCUGCAGCAGGUGACCGUUCCAGUGCCUGGUUCACAGUUGUCUUUACCCAACUUUGGCUCUGGUGGAGGUCAGCCGCUCUUGGCUUUGCCUCAGUCUCUUGCGCCGACUCCUCCUCAAGCGCCGCCUCCCAGCCUCAACAGACAGCCGCCCAACAAUCCACCCUACCGCGGCCUCAUUGGCCAGAAUACACACAGCAUGAUGCAGCCUUCCAACAAGAUGUGUGAGAUGGAUCUGAAACUCUUUAGUGGUGGAAUUGAUGUGAAACCUGGAACUCCACCUGUCAGCGCCAGGAGCACCACCCCCACCUCUAGCCCUUAUAGGGCGAGCUCCACAAGCCCCAGUAGUCAGUCUAGCAAGAUGAACAGCAUGCUGUAUCCAAAACAGUUCCAGACGGGAUCUGCAGGAAUGCGCAUAGCCCAACACUUCCCAGGACAGUUCAAUCCACAGAUGUUGUCUCAGGCCAACAUGGUGUCUCCACUGGUACGUCCACCCCAUGCAAACUCUUUUCCUGGAGGGGUGCAGCGUUCAGCCAUGGGUCCACCGAUGUCCUCUAACCUGACCGGAGGUCUGAUGCCCCAUCCCAGACCUCAACAUCCUCCACGAGGCCCUUCGGGUCCACCUUUAGCGCCCCGUGGCACACAGGCUGCCCUAAAAGCAGAACAAGACUUAAAGGCUAAACAGCGAGCUGAGGUAUUACAGUCAACCCACAAGUUCUUCUCUGAGCAACAACAGCUCAAGGCUCCAGUCAGCAAGCCCACCCGCAUGGAAGGAGCAGGCAAACCCACUGACAGCAUCACUUCGAAUCACCAGGGGGCGCCAUCCGACCGCGUGGAGUCCGACAAACCUGCACCUCUAGCAACAACCAAACCCAUCCGAACGGGUCCGAUCAAACCACAGGCCAUCAAACCAGAAGAGGGCAAAUAGUGUUUAAUUACUUUAGAAAGGACAAAAUGGACAGAAGGAUGGACUGAGAAGCCAGAUUACAGGGGGGAGGGGGGGGCGACAUACUACAGCACCCGAAAUCAUCGGAGAAGUGUAGGGAAGUAGAGCGUUGGAGGUUAAUUUUACGAGGUGCUGUGCAUUUUUCUCCCACUUACUGUGCGCUUUUUUCCUCAUCCUUUUAUCAGUCCAUCCAUUCUUUCCUCCGCUGUGGUUGGCAUUACAGAGAAAAGCGCCCCUCCAUUGUGUGAACGGCACAUCCCCCAGUGAACAAUGAAGGUAGACAUCAACAUGUUACUAUUGCUGCUGAGAAUGCCAUUUUAUAGCAAUAUGAUUUCCUUCGCACUUUUUCAAAUUUCCACAUGUAGAGAAACGCAUCGUAGAAAGGCAGAUUUCUCUUCGUUUUGAUUUUCCCAGUUUAUUUUGAUUGCUCCUUGUGUUCUCAAGCAACGUUUUGGUUAUGGCAGUUAAGAUGCAAUGAAAUAUACACACACACACACACACAAUCGCAUGUCAUUAUAGUGUGCUUUUGUGUGUGUGUGCGCCUGUCAAAAUGACUUUCACUCACACUUUUCACUUCAACCAUGUGUAUUGGCCUUAAAUAGUAUGUCAUUUUUGCAGAUUAGGGAUUGAUUACCGACAUAUUGGAGUAAUUAAUCGAUUGCAGUCUCCACUGUGAGCCUUCCCUCCUGCCUUCUCAAUAGUCUACGCCUGCGAGAAUCGAAGAUUGUGCAUUUGCGUGUACGCGCAAAAUAACCUUGAAUCUUUAGCCAAAGGUCAGGCGUCAAAAGACCUGAAUCCUUUUAGAUAUUUGAUUUGACAAAGAUGGCUCAACAUCGUCAACAGAUAGAAUUAUGAUGGGUUUUGUUUUCCUUUGUAAACGGUUCCUCCAGACCAGGCCUAUGUUUGAUGUGUCCUAAGCUUUAGCCCCUCCCCUUUUCUGUGAUUGCUAUGUAGACACGCCCACUUCAAUAGCUCCAGUCUUUCACCUUCCAGCCUCUCCACACAGCACCCAACCAUGCUGCUGACCAGCUCUGACUCUCCUGACCAAUCACUGCAGAGGAGGGGCGGGGUUUGGGUUGGGGUGAGUGGUCAAGCAUUUUAAGUUUAUCGCUGAAGAGUGUAGCUACAAGACUCAGUAUGGGGUUUGGGGCAGGGGUGAUGAAAGUUUUGAACAGAGGUCCCCAGAUGUUCUGGACUACAAGUAUACAUGGUCUUUCUCCAAACCACUCCUCUUGGGUUGCUGUUGCGAAGAGGGGGGCCUUCAGUUGAACACGAGGUUCAGUACGGCCCCCCCAUUUCUUGUUUGUUUAUUUGGAAUGAGAAACUACAAACAGAAGGGGAGGAGAGGGAUUUUUUUUUUUCUUUUUGAUUUUGUUUUACUUGUACAGGGGUUAAAUCGCUGUAUUAAAAUAUGUAAGGUCUUAUUUACAUUCUCCUGGUUUGGUUACAGAAACUAAUAAAAUAAUAUGCUGUAAAAAAUGAA